CCGGGUCGCUCUGGUCACACUGCUUCACAACAUGGCAGCCUGCUUCAGGUUUCAUCCUUCUGUGCUCCGCAGGGCGUUACUGGGCGCUUCCACCCUGUGCAUCAGGACGCGGAGCGCUCCCGUCUCUGACGCCGGGCUCCGGUUCAUCUGUAACGCUGCUCCAGAAGAAAACCUGUCGGCGAUAAGAGAGUCUACGGAGGAAUACAAGUUCGUAGAGCGGCUCAUCCCACCAUCACGGAUCCCCGCUCCGCCUAAACACACCGGUCCUACUCCAUCCGGCUGGACCCCUCCUGCGGAUUCACCGCCGUCUCUGCCCUACAUGAUCCGCCGCUCCCGCAUGCACAACAUCCCGGUUUACACAGACCUGACCAAUGGGAACCGGAAACUAACGCUGGUACGGAAAGUGGAGGGGGACAUAUGGGCUCUAGAGAAGGACGUGAGGCAGUACCUGAAGGAGGUGACGGGGAAAGAGCUGCCCACACAGGUCAACGAGGUCACCAUGACCCUGAAGGUCAAAGGCCACUUCGAUAAGGAGCUGAAGGACUGGUUGGUCAGCAAAGGCUUCUAACGGAAAGAGCUUCCAGGACCAGCUGAAGGGACAUGUGGGACAUGUGGAGGAGGACAGGACUGUCAGUCCUUACAGGAGCAUGGCUGCUGACUUCUCCAGCAUGAAUGAACUCUUUUCGACAGCAGUGAGACGUGCUCACUGAGUGUAAAACGAUGUACAUGUUUUUAAGUAUCAUUAAACAUUGAAG